AUGUCUUCGCACGAUAAGAAUCCCGCGAAACCCUCAGGCAGCAGGCCCGGUGGCAUACGUACUCUCUCCGACCUGAACCGUCCCCCUGCUCGUGACCCCGACAGUGAUUCCGAUGUGCCCCAGGAGUACUACACCGGGGGCGAGAAAAGUGGUAUGCUAGUCCAAGAUCCAUCGAAGGGUAAUGAUGUUGAUGCAAUCUUUGACCAAGCCCGUCAGCAAGGUUCUGUUCAAGGACCCUUGGAAAUUCAGCCAUCUGCAAGCUCUAGAAGCUUUACUGGGACCGGAAGAUUGCUCUCGGGCGAGACUGUACCAACUUCUCAACAGCAGCCUGGACCAGUUGUGCACAACAUUGUUUUCUGGAGAAAUGGUUUCACUGUUAAUGAUGGCCCUUUGAGGAGGAUGGAUGAUCCUGAAAAUGCCCCUUUUAUUGAGAGCAUCGGUAAAUCAGAGUGCCCUAAAGAGCUGGAACCUGCGGACCGGAAAUCUUCUGUUCAUGUUAAUCUCAUAAAGAGGAAUGAAAACUAUCCUGAGCAAGAAAUACGCCACGUUGCAUUUCAGGGCGUCGGCAGGACUCUAGGAAGCAGCAGCAGCAGCAGCUCCACAACUGAUAUGGGCCCCACAGAAAUUGUUUCGGGCCCACUCACGAGUGCGCCUUCCCCUGCAAUGGGCCUCACGGUGGAUAAAUCAAAGCCAUCAACUUCCAUCCAGCUGAGGCUGGCGGACGGGACCCGCAUGGUGGCCCACUUCAACAACCACCACACAAUAGCCCAUGUCCGCUCGUUCAUUGAUGCCUCCAGGCCUGGUGGGCCCAGGUCAUACCAACUGCAGGCCGUUGGAUUUCCUCCCAAGAUUCUAUCUGAUCACACCCAGACAAUCGAGCAGGCCGGGCUGUUGAAUUCGGUGGUUAUUCAGAAGCUCUAAGGAAGCAAAUGGGUAUCUCUAAUUCUUUACGACUUUUUUGCUGUGGGGUUUUUACUGAGUAUAGACUUUGUUCUGAUGGGGAGUUAUUUGUUGAAGUAGCUAUAUUACUGAACACGUAAUGAUUACUCUCUGGAAUUCAUUCCCCCUGUUUGAAAUUUGGUUGUCUUAUUGAGUUCACUGGAAAAUGUUAAAAGUUGAUUGUUCAGAUUGGACCAUAUGCACUCUCUCUCUCUCUCUCUCUCU